UGCUGCCAUGUGGAAUCUGUAGUUCCUAUAAACCAUGUAAUUGUUGUUCCCUAGGUCUGGUGUAUAGAUGUUGCCAUGUGGAAUCUGUUGUUCCUAUAAACCAUGUAAUUGUUGUUCCCUAGGUCUGGUGUAUAGAUGCUGCCAUGUGGAAUCUGUUGUUCCUAUAAACCAUGACACCAAGCUGUUAUGUGUUAGUCUGCCUCCUGGUACCUGUAUGUGUGUACCUGUCGGUUAUCACGUACAUAUACGUCACGAAGUGGAGGGUGUGAUGGUAGAUCGUAGUUACACCCUUGUUCACCCCUCACUUGGGUCACCAGACACUGACCAUCGGCUAUCACAAGGCAAAGUGUUCUACUUGAUGAUCAAGAUUUACAAAAACGGAGCUUUGACUCCAUGGAUAGACUCAUUAAAGCCAGGUGAUACUAUAGAAGUCAGCCAGUAUGACGGAAACUUUAAUGAAAGUCGCCUAGCAGGACAAGGUGACCUCAUCAUGUAUGCUGCUGGAACAGGCUUCACACCGAUGGUUGGCCUCAUCAACCACUGUAUAUCACAGAACACCGAUAGGAAGGUGAAAUUAAUGUUUUUCAAUAAGACUGAAGAUGAUAUAUUAUGGAGGGAACACCUAGACAGCAUAUCAGUCAAACAUGAAUGGUUUACUGUACAGUAUGUACUAUCAGAACCAGGAAGUAAUUGGAAAGGGCCUCAGGGACGGAUCAGGCCAGAUCUGAUGGAGAGUUUUAGUCCACACUCAGACGGAAAAACUGAUGAUCUUAUAUGUGCUUGUGGUCCUACCCCUUUCACCAAAACAGUCAUACAAUUAGCUAAAGACAUAGGAUACGGUGAUGAUAACCUGCACGCCUUUCUAGGAUAAUAGCGUGUUAGCAAACUCAGCAGAAUUAAUUUGUAUCUGGAUUAGAUACCUUCAUGUAGAUAGUCCUCAAGAAUGUUGUCACACAUAGCCUAGUGGUAGUCGACAAAGAGUCUACUGAAGAGUUUACCUGGAUACUCUACAGGAGAGUUUACCUGGAUACUCUACAGGAGAUUUUACCUGUACAGUCUACAGGAGAGUUUACCUGGAUACUCUACAGGAGAGUUUACCUGGAUACUCUACAGGAGAUUUUACCUGUACAGUCUACAGGAGAGUUUACCUGGAUACUCUACAGGAGAGUUUACCUGGAUACUCUACAGGAGAUUUUACCUGUACAGUCUACAGGAGAGUUUACCUGGAUACUCUACUAAAGAGUUUACCUGGAUACUCUACAGGAGAGUUUACCUGGAUACUCUACAGGAGAUUUUACCUGUACAGUCUACAGGAGAGUUUACCUGGAUACUCUACAGGAGAUUUUACCUGUACAGUCUACAGGAGAGUUUACCUGUACAGUCUACAAGAGAGUUUACCUGGAUACUCUACAGGAGAUUUUACCUGUACAGUCUACAGGAGAGUUUACCUGGAUACUCUACAGGAGAUUUUACCUGGAUACUCUACAGGAGAUUUUACCUGUACAGUCUAAAGGAGAGUUUACCUGUACAGUCUAAAGGAGAUUUUACCUGUACUGUCUAAAGGAGAGUUUACCUGUACAGUCUA